AUGGCUUCGUUCAUGAGGACCGCUGCCCGUCUGCAGCCAGCGCUGCGUUCGUCGUUCCGUCAACAGAGCCUGCUUGCCGGACGACGAGCAAUGGCAACACAGACUCCUCCUCGGAGCGCCAGUGCUGCCGCCGCGGUCAAGCCAAACCUCGCCGAUGCUGUCGAGCAGCCAUACUUCCCUGACGAGCCAACCGGACCAAUCAUUCGUACGGAGAUUCCUGGCCCAAAGUCGAAAGAGGCGAUCAAAGAGCUGGACCGUGUCUUCGAUACACGGUCGUUGAACAUGAUGGCAAAUUACCAGAACAGCUUUGGUAACUACAUUGCAGACUUGGACGGCAAUGUCUUGCUCGAUGUAUACGCUCAGAUUGCUUCGAUUCCCGUUGGAUACAGCAACCCUAGCUUGCUGCUUGCGGCCACCAGCCCGGACAUGGCUUCUGCGUUGAUCAACCGACCUGCCCUGGGCAACUUCCCACAGCAUGACUGGGCUGAGAUCCUCGAGACUGGUAUCCUUACCGUUGCACCAAAGGGCUUGAACCAGGUCUUCACUGCGCAAGCUGGCUCCGACGCUAACGAGCUUGCGUACAAGGCCGCCUUCAUGUGGAAGCGCCGUCAGGAGCGUGGAGGUGCGGAUGUUGAGUUCACACCAGAGGAGAUUCAAUCUUCCAUGAACAACCAGUCUCCCGGCUCCCCAAACAUGUCCAUCCUCUCUUUCAAGACUGCCUUCCACGGUCGUCUCUUUGGCUCCCUCUCCACUACCCGCUCCAAGCCGAUCCACAAGCUGGACAUCCCUGCAUUCGACUGGCCACAGGCUUCCUUCCCUACGCUCAAGUAUCCACUCGAGCAGCACGCAGAGGAGAACGCCCGCGAGGAGGCUCGCUGCCUCGCUGAGGUCGAGGAGCUCCUCACCACGUACCAUAAUAAACCAGCCGCUGUCAUCGUCGAGCCAAUUCAGUCCGAGGGCGGUGAUAACCACGCAAGUCCAGCCUUCUUCCAUGGCUUGAGACAAGUUACCAGGAAGCACAACGUCCUCCUGAUCGUCGAUGAGGUGCAGACUGGUGUUGGCGCUACUGGUAAGUUCUGGGCACACGAGCACUGGAACUUGCAGGACCCACCAGACAUGGUCACCUUCUCGAAGAAGGCUCAGACUGCUGGUUACUACUUUGGCAACAACGAGCUCAGGCCCAACAAGCCUUACCGUCAAUUCAACGUAAGUUGCGGCUCGAGAUUUUCGGAAUCGAUUGCGGAAUGCUAAUGCCUUGAACAGACUUGGAUGGGUGAUCCAGCCCGCGCCAUCCUUUUCCGCGCAAUCAUCCAAGAGAUCAACCGCCUGAACCUCGUACAAAACACCGCCGAAACCGGCGACUACCUCUACGCUGGACUUGAGAACUUGGCCAAGAAGUUUCCUGGCGAGAUCCAGAACCUGCGUGGCAAGGGCCAGGGUACUUUCAUUGCUUGGGACUCUCCUCGCCGUGAUGAGGUCUUGAAGAAGUCCAAGGGCGCUGGUGUCAAUGUCGGUGGCUCUGGCGAGCGCGCUGUCCGUCUGCGCCCUAUGCUCAUCUUCCAGAAGAAGCACGCCGACAUCUUCCUGGACGCUAUGGAGAAGAUUUUCAAGUCAUGA